AUGGAAAACCACCCUGCACCAAACGACCCGCUCCCCGGCCAAUACAACACACCGCCCCCACCAAUAACGCUAGAUGCAAAGGGGGAGAAACUCUGGGCGAUUGAAGCAAUACUGGACUCGAAACGCACAAAACAGAAAGGCUUCCAGUACCAUAUACUAUGGAGAGGCUUCGACCUUGAGCAGGCAACAUGGGAACCACUACAGAACGUCGUCAACGCUCACAUCGCCAUCAGAGACUUCGAGAAGCACAGCAAAAACAAACCCAGACCUGUGAAAGGCCUCUAG